GGUGGCCCCCGCGCCGACACGCGCGCUUCUGCUUCCGGACGUCGGGGCCAGAAAGUCUCCGGGGCCCCCCGCACGUUUGGGGUUCCCCGGAGUUCCAGGUCCCCGCGAGUUCCGGGUUCGAGCCAUCUCGGUGCGCGCCGUCCCGGGCCGGCGUCCAGCUGCUCUCGCUGCGCCCGGGCGCACGGGCCGGACGGCGCGGGGUCCGGGGGGCGCGGGGGGCUCCCUGCGCGGCCAUGAGGAAGCCCGACGGCAAGAUCGUGCUUCUGGGGGACAUGAACGUGGGGAAGACGUCGCUGCUGCAGCGGUACAUGGAGCGGCGCUUCGCGGACACGGUCAGCACGGUGGGCGGCGCCUUCUACCUGAAGCAGUGGCGCUCCUACCACAUCUCCAUCUGGGACACCGCAGGGCGGGAGCAGUUCCACGGCCUCGGCUCCAUGUACUGCCGGGGGGCGGCCGCCAUCAUCCUCACCUACGACGUGAACCACCCGCAGAGCCUGGUGGAGCUGGAGGAGCGGUUCCUGGGCCUGACGGAGACCGCCAGUGCCGACUGCCUCUUUGCCAUCGUGGGGAACAAGGUGGACCUCAGCGAGGAGGGGGGCGGCCAGACGGAAGGAGGCGGCGGUGUAUCAUCGUCCAGGGGGCCCAAGCAGGUGCGGCAGGAGGAGGCAGUGGCUCUUUAUAAGAAGAUCCUGAAGUACAAGAUGCUGGAUGAGAAGGACAUGCCGGCCGCCGAGCAGAUGUGCUUCGAGACCAGCGCCAAGACCGGGCACAACGUGGACCUGCUGUUUGAGACCCUGUUCGACAUGGUGGUGCCCGUGAUCGUGCGGCAGAGGGCGCAGGGGCCGCCGCAGACUGUGGACAUCUCCAGUUAUAAGCCACCUGAGCGGACCAAAUCCGGGUGCUGCGCCUGACUCUCAGAGGCCCCCAGUUUACAUCAUUGGCAAGGAGCGGGACCCAGCGAGCUGUGGUCAGGAGCAUAGAAACUCAAGGCAUUCCUUUUGCAUCUGGAGGAGCAGACCCGAGUGGAAAUGACAGCUCGUUAUGAAGAGAAGGUCGAUGGGAAUCGUCGUCUCUGCCUCCCGUGUUGGUGGGGCGGUGGGGAGCUAGCUGCAGGAUCAGCGUUCCUGGAGACCGUUGUCCCCGGGCUGAUCCUUUCCUGACACCUUGGCCUGGAUGGAGGGUGGCUUGGGUGGGUGGUCACCUGUCUGAGCACCUGUACAACUGUCAUGCUUGUUGUCCUCAGACGUCUCUCUUCACUGUGACGUAUCUUUGGUCCUGUCAUCUGGAACUUGUCCCUGAUGCAUCACCAAGAUUCUCUACAUGUUAAUUUAUACAAAACCAGGAAUCACUGUUUUUAUAUUGGUUGUAGCAGCGGGAAGCGACACAUAUUAUUAAAAAGAAUUGUGAGAAGAA